AUGCCUUCUAUACUCAACAAGGAUGACAGAGUUGUCGUCAAACGCGCCGUUCCAAGUCCCUCGAAUAAUAUCAUCACGGUCGCCGUCGCGAGACUCUAUGUCAACCAUCCGGACCAACGUAAAUGGACUUUUACUGGUAUAAGUGGUGCUGUGGUCCUGGCCGAGGACCUGGUGGGACAUACCUUUUUCUUCAAGAUUGUCGAUGUCACUGUACGUCGGAGGCUUAUUAUUGAUCCCUUUAACCUCAACGCGGAGCUGACUUUUUACGAAAAAAAAAAAAGAGUAACAGGGGUGUGAUAUGGGAUCAGGAGCUCUACGAGGGCUUCAGGUACAAUCAGGAUAGGACCUUUUUCCACACUUUUGAACUUGACGAGUGCAUGGCUGGUUUCUCUUUCGCUGAUGAGAAGGAAGCUGCUGGAUUUUUCAAGAAAGUUGAGGCGAGGGAUAAGCAUGCAAAGUCGAAAGGCCAUCGCUCGUCUUCGGGCCAUGGUGGUCACCUUGGUAUACCGGUUCGUCCCAUUCUUCAGCACCAUUCGGCUCCUGCCUCAACACCAGCUGCCCCACCUCCAGUUUCACCUCCACCUCCACCCCCGCCUCCACCCUCGAAUAAUAGGAGUUCGCCAAACACAAAUGGUGUGGCAUCCGGUCGCUAUUCACUGGACAACCCCGACCCGGAAUUUCAGGAGCUUCUCAGGGAACUGAUGGGAAUGGGAAUUACCGAGGAUGUGCUCAGGGAGAAUGAGGAUUUCAUAAAGAGCUAUAUCGACGAGAAGGAAAAGAAUAGGAAGCAGGAACAGGAGCGAGCUGGCUAUACGAAUGGGAAUGGUGUGGUGCAUGAAAUGGUGUCACCGAAUUCACCGAAGAUUGGGGUGAACAGACGGGGUAAGGCUCCGCCACCUCCGCCGCCUGGGCCGCCACCAAUGUCAAGAAAUGGGUCUUUGAGUCCUCAAGUUACUGGAAGUUCAACGGCUUCCAAAAGGGGACCGCCUCCACCGCCCCCUCCUGCUAGAAAAUCCCAUGUUCUUGCCCAGGGAGAAUCCCACUCUCCCCCUCCCCCACUAAGAUCUCCGGUACCUCCGCCAGUAACACCCGCCCUUUCCCCAGCCCCCGCACCGAGGGAGCCUUCCCCAUCUCAACCCCCACCCCCGCCUCCACAACCCUUCAAGGUGCCUCCUCCAUUGCCAAACGCCGGGGUUUAUGCCAGUUCUGUUCCUCCAAGACAUGCUCCGGUCCCUCCACCACCGAGUGCUCCUCCGCUGCCCCCAAAGACACCUCUGGAGGAUUCACAUCCAUCUCCGCCUCGGUUUGGGGUUCCACCUCCUCUUCAAGCGCCCGUCAACCGGCCUCCGCCAGCGCCCAGCAGAGGGCCACCUCCCAGUCUGCCUUCGAGAGCGCAGUAUCCCGGCCCUCCUCCGCCUCCAAGACCGGCUGUAGAACCACCGGCACCGCCAGCACGAGGUUUGCACACUUUCGCAGUGCAUUGAUUCUGUUGUAUAGUUGCUAACCACCGCCGAAUGUAUAGAUAUGCCGCCACCACCCCCCUUGCCGCCCGCGCCGGCCCCUCCGGUGCCAGUGCUUCCAAGUGCCCCACCUCCGCCCCCGUCUCCAUCAGUGCCCGGCUUUAAUGGAGCCCCCCCACCACCGCCACCUCCAAUGCCCGGCUUUGGCACGUCUGCCCCACCUCCACCUCCACCUCCACCACUCCCUGGCUUCAAUACCUCGGCUCCACCUCCACCCCCAUUACCGAACUUUGGCGCGCCAGCUCCCCCACCCUCGCCCCUUCCGGGCUUUGGCGGGAGCGCACCCCCAGCACCCCCACUCCCAGGGUUUGGAGGAGGUCCGCCCCCACCACCGCCUCCGCCACUUCCUGGAAUGUCUGAUAGUGCACCGGGUGGAGCUGCUCCCCCGUUACCAGCAGCAGGCGGUGGUAGAGGGGACCUAUUAGCCAGCAUUCGAGGCGCGGGAGGAAUAAGCGCUCUCAAGAAGGCUCCUAAAGGUCCUGCUACUGGUGGCGCACCGCUGCCGGGUCCCGCAGCUAAACCAAAGGCUGUUAACCCAAUGGAGGCAUUACAAGCAGAGCUAAACAAGAGGAAGGGGAGAGUAUCGAAUCAAAGUGGUGAGUUUUCCCUACGUUUUCUGGUCGAAUGACCCUGGGCUGACUCUGUGGACAGACGAUGAAGACGAUGGCGAUUGGUAAAUAGUGUGGGGAACUAGUUGUCGCUUGAUGUUAAAAGUGGUUAUGGACAAGUUUUGUAAACGGGACGUCUCCUGUUAUUUCUUUUUCGCCUGUCCCCCACCCCCCCCCCCUGUGUAGUGUAGGGUUGCAAAAAUGUAAAUUUAUUAACAGUCUUUUUCUUUCUUUCUUGCUGCGGAGUAAUUCAUAAAUUCAGUGGUC